AUGAAGGUUGAUCCUGAUGGCUUGUUGGCUUCUCUCAUUGAAUCGCCCAUUCUUCUCAAACCAUAUGCUAGCAUUGAGAAUCAGCUGGAAAAUAAGGCCAAAUACGUGCAGACCAGAUUGGGACGACUCCAACAAUAUGAGGGUAUCGCUAAUGCUGGAUUGCCGUUGACUGUGAGUCAAAACGAAGCCAGAUCGAAGAUUGAUGAGGUUCUGAAACAUCUAGAGUAUGUAAAGAUCUGA